GAUGCCGGGAACGGCAUGCAGGGCCCCUAGGAUGGCUCCCAAAACUUCCCUUUAUAUGACUCCUUCGACGAGUGUUCGUAAGUCUCGGAUUGUCUUUCUUCUUCAGAGUUCACGAUCUUCAAGACACAAGCCCUAAACGGUCUUGGGCAGUGCAGACAGAUCAUCCUUUCCCUUCUUUCCAUUCCAUCCAGAUCAUCUCGAUCUCUUUAGCCACACAUCAUGGCGCCGCCUCAUGCUGAAGAUACCAGGCCCACACUCGUGGCUGGUAACAGGAACAGCUAUCUCACAGAUCCCUUCCAAGAUCCUUCUUCGGACAGCGCAUCAUCUCAAGGGCCUUCGAGGAGACCUUCUAGUGAAAAUCCUCCCUCGCCUGUUGUUACAGCACCGCCUGCGGUUCCUGCCCCUGUGGUUCCUGCUUCCGAUCGUGCUCCUCCGGUUCCUGUUGCCCAUCCUCCUCCCCAGAUACAACUACCUGUCGAUGAUAUUACUCCUGCCCCCGCUGCUCCUCCAGCAGGAGAUGUUCCUCAACAAGAGUUUAAUGAGAAGACCGGUGGUGUCUUGAGCCCUGCUGGCGAUGUCGAGCAGGGCCGGGCUGCCGCUGCCCCUGCCGGCGCCGAUCCGGAGAAGUCCGACUCGCCGCCCCGCAAGAGCAGAAAUCCCUUCAAGCGCGGCUAUGGGGCCUUCCGGGACACCUACUGCCCCAAGGAAGAGCCAGGUCUCGUCUUCCCUACCGGGCCCAGUGACGAGGAGAAGCUCAGCUACGUGCACACCAACCGUAUCCCCCUCUACAUCUUCGGCAUCAUCUCCUUCCUGACCCUCUCGGCGGGUAUGUGGCUCUUCGCCAUUUGCACCCCCAUCUUCUCCUGGUACGGCGUCUUCGUCGGCUUCCUCAACAUCUACCUCAUCAUCUCCUACCUCGUCGGUGUCGUCGGUCGCGACUGGGACUACGAUGGCCACAAGCAAAUCGUUGAGCAAUUCCCCAUCAACGAUGAGACCGCCCCCACUGUCGACGUCUACCUCCCCUGCUGCUCCGAGCCCCUUGAGAUUUUGGAGAACACCUACAAGCACGUCAUCAAGCUCGACUGGCCCGCCGCCAAGAUGAAGGUCUAUGUCCUCGACGAUAGCGCUUCGGAUGCCGUUCGUACGCUCGCUGAAUCAUACGGAUUCAACUACAUCGUUCGUGACGACCGCCCCCGUCUUCGCAAGGCUGGCAACCUCCGCUGGGCUUUCUCUCGCACUCAGGGUGACUACUUCGCCAUCUUCGACGCUGAUUUCUGCCCUCGUCCGGACUUCCUCAGGGAGCUCGUCGUUGAGCACAUGGCCGAUGACAAGACCGCUAUCGUUCAAAGCCCGCAGUACUUCAGGGUCACUGAUGACCAGACUUGGGUUGAGCAGGGCGCUGGAGCUACCCAGGAGCUUUUCUACCGUGUCGUUCAGGUCAACAGAAACAAGUGGGGUGCCUCGAUUUGCGUCGGCAGUAAUGCCGUGUACAGGCGCGCCGCGUUGGAGGAAGUCGGCGGUACUGCUGAAAUUGGUUUCUCUGAGGAUGUGCAUACUGGAUUUGGCGCUGUCGAUCGCGGCUGGAAGGUCAAGUACGUCCCGCUCUGCUUGGCUACCGGUAUCUGCCCCAACACUCCGCGCUCCUUCUUCUCGCAGCAGAUGCGCUGGGCUCGCGGUUCCACCACUCUCUUGACCACCAAGCACUUCUGGACUUCCAAGUUGAACUUUAUGCAGAAGUUGUGCUAUCUCUGUGGUCUCCUCUACUACUCCGCCGUCUCCCUCGGCAUCUUCAUCUCCCCCAUCCCCGGUACCCUCCUCCUCGCCUUCCGCCCCAAGUACUUCAAGUACUACAACCUCGCCUUCGCCAUCCCCUCCAUCAUCUACGGCGCCGUCCUUUUUAGGUUUUGGGCCAAGGCCAAGUACGGCUUCAACGUCCAGCACAUCAUGGUCGUGCAGUCGUACGCCUACCUGACCGCCAUCAAGGACCGUCUCUUCGGCAUCGAGCUCCUCUGGGCUGCGUCCGGAGACAAGAAGGCCCAUAAGAGCAACAAGUAUCUCCAUAUGCGCAUGCUGUGCACCUUCUGGACCAUUUGCAAUGUUGGUGGUAUGACCGCUGCGGUGAUUUACCGGGUCGGGUUUCACCAUAUGGAGUGGUACAACACGCUGCCGUUGAUCAUUUUGUCGACGUAUAACUUGUACAUCAGCCAUUACUUUAUCUUUGCUUCUUGGAAGUGGUAGGCUGCUUCCGGGCCCAAGCAGGAUAGGUAGGAAUGGAAUGGGGAUGGGUUUUUUUCACUUCUUUUUGGGCCGGACCUUUGCAAAGGUCGUUAGAAGGCUCAGUUUGGGAAUAACU